AACAACAUCAACACCAACAUGAACAACAACAUGAACAACAACAUGAACAACAACAUGAACAACAACAUCAACAUGUUAACACAUUCUGAACUUGCUGAUAAUUUAAUAGAACAAUCUAAAUUAUUUCAUCAAUUAUAUCAUGAUAAUUUAAUGAAAAUGACAGCAAAAUUAAAUGAUUUUCAAAGAAUUCGUACAUUAGGACAUGGUGGUUUUGGUCAUGUUCUAUUAGUACGUCAUAUUUAUACAAAUAAAUAUUUUGCAUUAAAAAUAUUAUCUAAAUUACAAAUAAUUAAAAAUCAUCAAAUAUAUAAUGUAAUUAAUGAAAAACGUAUAUUAGCUGCAUGUAAUUUUACAUUUAUUAUACCAUUAUAUUAUAGUUUUAAAGAUAAUAAUAAUUUAUAUUUAGUUAUGGAAUAUGCAAUAGGUGGUGAUUUAUUUACAUUAUUACGUCAUAUGAAACAAUUUUCAAAUGAAAUGGUUAAAUUUUAUAGUGCUCAAGUAUUAUUAGCAUUUGAAUAUUUACAUUAUUUAACAAUAAUUUAUCGUGAUUUAAAACCAGAAAAUCUUUUAAUUCAUUCUAAUGGUUUUAUUAAAUUAACUGAUUUAGGUUUUGCUAAAUUAUUACCUAAACAUAAACGUACAUGGACAUUAUGUGGUACACCAGAUUAUAUGGCACCUGAAAUUAUAUUAAAUAAAGGUUAUCAUAAUUCAGUUGAUUGGUGGGCAUUUGGUAUAUUAUUAUAUGAAAUGACUACUGGUUAUCCACCAUUUAUGCAUUAUGAUCAAAUGAAAACAUUUGAAUUAAUUAUUAUUGGUGAUAUUAAAUUUACAAAUCAUUUUAAUCCAUUAUUAAAAGAUUUAAUAAUGAAUUUAAUACAAAUUGAUUUAAGUCGACGUUAUGGUAAUUUAAAAAAUGGUAUUUAUGAUAUUAAAAAUCAUGAUUAUUUUAAAGAUUUAAAUUGGUUACAAUUAUAUCAAUUGAAUAUUGAACCACCAUAUAAACCAUUAUAUAAUAAUAAUAAUAAUAAUGAUUUACAAGAGAUAAAUCAUUUUGAUUAUGAUAAUGAAAUUAAUUUUAAUAUUGCUGAAAAAGAACAAUUUGAAAAUAGUUUUGAUGAUUUUUGAAAUCCUUUUUUUUGUUUGUUUGUUUUCAUGGAUUCAUUCAAUUUCGAUUUGUUAUGGUUGGUUUAAUUGAUUGAUAUGAAUUAUAAUUCAUUUCUUAAUUCAAUGUUAAUUAUGUAAGAAAAUAUAGAAAGAAAGAAAAGAAGAAAGAAAGUAUAGUGUAAAAUAUCACCAGGUGGUAAUGAACAUGAUGUAUUAGCUAAAUUAACACAUUGACCAAUUUUAAUCCAUCUUGGCCAAAAUUUUAAUCCGAAAUCAUACCAUAUAUAAUAUAAUGGACAAUUAUUAUAAUCAUUUAAAAAUUCUUUUAG